UCUUUCCAAAGUAGCCGCAUCCUAUUGGUUCUCCCGAUUGGUUCUGUUUCAUGGCCCUCGCCACACGUCGAAAUUGCAUAUCAUGUGUUCCCUAUAUGGUCUCCCUCAUAAGUGGUCAGCCUGUAAGGGCAGGUGUGUUUCAAGUUUCCAGCGCCCAGCACGAUAGUAGCUCAAUACAUAUUCUUGAGCCUCUAUGCAUAUUAGAUUCAGCUUAAGAAAUACUAAUAGGGCUCAGUAAGUAUUAGCUGAAUGAAUGAACACGGCCUUUAAGAAGCCACUCCCCAAGGUCCGAACCGGGCGUCCGAGGACAACCUCUCUCCCUCAACGCCCGCCCCAACCCUCCAUCCCACGGAACUGAAAACCAGAUGUGUUCAGAACCGGCUUGCAAUUCACGGCGCAUUUCAGGCUUCCACACUCUUUGCAAGGAAAGCUACAAAGAUGUCAGCGGAGAGACACGCAUGUGGGGAAGGGUGAAAGGCGCGUUUGCCUUUGCGUUAAAUCUCUAUCCGGGACCCAGGACCAACAGCCAGGUGAGCCGGAGCGGGUGCAGGCGCCGCGUCCGCUUUAAGGGGCCGUCUCCGAGCCGGUGGGCGGGGCGCUCCCGGAGGCUCCGGCCGCGCGGCCUCUACGCCCGAUCCCCGGCCCUCCGCACCCGCGUCCUUGCUCCAGCCGCCCGGUCCUCGGCCCUCCGCACCCGCGUCCUUGCUCCCGCCGCCCGGUCCCCGGCCCUCCGUAGGCCCCCACGCCCCGCUCUCGGUGCUCGGAUCCCAGGCCCACCGCACCACCUCUCCGCUGUCGGCGCCCUUCUCCCCGGCCUUCUGCUCCCCUCCCCCGCCCUUGGCGCCUCAGCCCUUGGCAGCACCCACACCCCCUCCCGGACGCUACUCCCAAUCCCGCUCGGCCCCUGGGCGCUCCCGCCCUCUGCGGGUGCCGGAACGAAACCGCGAUUCCGCACCGGCCCUGGUGCGCGCGGUGACACUGCGGCCGCCGGCUCUGUCUCCCGCAGCUGGGCCACCUCGCGCAGGUCGCGUGCCCGCCCUAGGCCUGACUUCGCGUCUGGCUUGGCUCCUCCGGUUCUCCCAGUGGGUUCAGUUCUGAAAGUCCCCGGGCGUAGGCUCCUAGGGGGCCUCGGGCCUUAGGCCAAGGCCAGGUACCCAGAGCGAGUGGGGC